AGGAGGACCGAAAGGAUUAAUGAACGAGCGCGUGGACGAAUGACGAAAGUAAAUGAUAAAAAAAUAAUAAAAUAUAUAGAAACAAAAGAGCCUAGAUAAAAAGUAUCCUCGAUAUAACAAAAGCGCGUCGUCAGAGAAACUGGCAGCCAUCCGUAGAGCAUCGUUACGCCGGUCGACUAUCGAAAUAUCGGCGAGUCUCCGUGUGAGCCCAAGGAUGCGCGAGUACUCGCCCCGGACGAAUCCGGCGCUAUGAGCGAGGAAGCGACUUUGUCCCCCGAGGGGAGCUCCCCCAGAACCUCCAGGAUGAGCACCUUCUUCAACUUUCGCAAUAGGAUUAGAUCGCGACUGAUGUCGGGUGGUGUCCGCUUUAAGUCGAUGAUGAAAUGGAGACGCGCAAGCGGGGCGAAGGAGAUGGAGACAUUGACGAUGAACAACUUGAUGUCGGGGAGUAAUAAUCUAAAUGAACCCGUCAGUAUUACCAACGAACUACCCCAGCAAGCCCACGAGACAGAAUUAAUCAACCAAAAUAAUGAAACGAGCGAAUCUCAUCCUGAGAUUCAAGAAAAUAAAUCCAAUCUAACGUAUAGCGUUAAUGAAGAGAAUUUUAUCUCGAAUCCUUUUGAUCCCGGGACAUCUUCCUUUUCGACUGUCGGUUCAACGCCAUCCUACGUUACAGCCGAAGACACUGAAAUAACAUCGUUUACCGAAAUAGCGAAUCCAAUAAAUGACUCCAUCGUUAACAAUGAAUUAAAUCCCGUACACGACGAUGAAACUUUAUCAAUACCAUCAACAUUAAUGGAAGUUCAACUAAAUGCUGUGGGCUUGGCGGCACGAAUUCUCGAUGUCGUCCCCAUACUCUACAUUGACAACGGUAGCCUCAACAGUUCAUCCAACACGAGAUCCACGAGGACCGAGGAGAGUUUCGCCUCUAAUUCGGGAAGCGAGGACAGCGCCGUGAGUAGCAACAGCGGCAUCAUCGAGAUCGUGUCAGGGAGGGAGGAUAGCCAUCGGAGAUUCGAGGAUGAUUAUGUGAGACCGUAUUACGACCUUACCGUGCGCCCGGUAAUAAGAAAGCAAUUUCAUCAACUCGAUGAUGAUCCGCCUAUAUACUGAUAUCCUCAUCAUUGGCCGAGUAACAUCGCGCCUUCACCUUCGAAUUAUCGCAAGAGUUCACGAAUGACUGCACAAAGGAACAAGUGACAA